AUGUCACCUGAUAUAUUAGGUAAUAUCACUGAGGAACGUCAUCCCGGGUAUAACGCCUUCUUCACAAGAACCCCGCUUCCACAAUGGAUCGAGCACCUCAAGUCAGAGAGACAAGCAAUAGCAGCCGGAGAAAAGGCCGACGUCUACAGGCUGAUCGACGAAGAACCAAUUUGCAUCUGUCACGGGGAUUUCAGCACCAGCAAUAUUCUGGUACGUGAAGGGAACGUGGUUGGCGUGAUAGAUUGGGAGUUCGCUGGAACGUAUCCCCUGAGCGAAGUCCUCGGUCCGAUGGACAUCAUUUCGCUCGCAGAGAAACAUUACCACGCUGGCAGAGAUGCCGCUGAGGAAGAGAGCGAAAAGUGGAAUAAAAAAGUUUUGGUAGACAUCGAGGCCGUUGCGCGCCAAAGAAGUUGGUCUGAAAAGGAUGUCAAGGUGCUUAUGAGAGGUAGUCACGGUAUCUUUGCGAAGGCGCAGUUCGAGAUGUUUCCCCGAGACUGGAUGGGCUGA